GAUGGGGAUUAUGAUAGAAAUUAAUUGGUAGAAGAAGAUUCAGUAUGAAAAUUAAUGGAAAAAUAAUUUUGCUUAGGGAGAAGGUAAAUUACUAUAUGCAGAUAGAGAUGAAUAUGAAAGAGAAGAGUAAAGAGGUUAAACAGAUGAUUUUGGUAUUUAUUUGUAGAUUAAUUGGGCAUGUUAUGAAGAUUAAUGGAAAAAUGACUACCGGAUUAGGUAUAGAAAUAUGGAAUGAUGGCUCUAAAUAUGAAGGAAAAUAUAAGUCAUCUUUUAUUUACUGACGGAUCAUGAUAUGUUGGAUAAAUUUUUGAAAAAUAAAUAUAUGGAGAUGGGGUAUAUAUUUUGUUUGAUGGUAAAUCAUAUAAUGGUUAAUGGAAAAAUAAUA